ACAUGGCGUUCGCCGUGCUGCGGCCGGCGUCGGCGCACGUGGCCUUCCGCCGCGCCCUCAGCCCGCCCAGCGACGCCGACGACGACGGGGACCCCCGCAGCGAGAGCGACGGGUCGGAGGGGAGGCCGCCGCCGCCGCCCCCUCAGCUUCCUCAGCCUCCUCCUCCUCCUCCUCCGCCGCCGCCGUUCCCCCCGCAGCAGCAGCAUCAGCAGCGGCAGGCGGCCAACGCGCGCGAGCGGGACCGGACCCAGAGCGUCAACACGGCGUUCUCGGCCCUGCGCAUGCUCAUCCCCACCGAGCCCGAGGACCGCCGCCUGUCCAAGGUGGAGACGCUGCGCCUGGCCGCCGGCUACAUCGCCCACCUCGCCAACGUCCUCCUCCUCCACGGCGCCCGCCAGGACCGCCCCGGGGCCGGGCCGGGACCGGCGCCCCCCUGCGGGCGCGCCCUCCGCGGGCCCCGCGCCAUCUGCACCUUCUGCCUCAGCGACCAGCGCAGAGCCGGCGGGCGGCGAGACCCCUCCGGCAGCUGCCUCAAGGCCAGAGGAGCCCACCCCCCCCCGCGGACCGCGAAGAUGAGCCCCCCGAACCCCAGACCGCGGCGACGGCGAUGACGUCCAAGACACGGGGCGCUCGGCGCGGGGCUCGGGACCCCCCCGGAGACGAAGCAGGGGCCGCUGGAUGAGACGCCCCCCCCGGGCCCCCGAGCCGGAAUGAGCUCCGCGGGGCGGGGGGCUCCAGCGGACGGGGAAGGGUCUGGCCCGGGCCCCCCGCAACCCCGAACCCAGGAGGAGGCGGUCGGCACCGCUGCACUGAACUGAGCGACACGAGGACCGAGACUUAUUGGACGGACGGACAGACGGGUUUUCUAUGUAGCAGAUGAGAAAUAAAAGUUAUUUUUGA